CUUUUAAGUGGAUUAUUUUUUGUUGUUUGUUUUGAUCCUAACUUUUCCACCCCAGACAGAAUUUCUUGAGCAACUCGAGUGAGAAAUUAAUAAACAAAACAUAAAAAAAAACAAAAAAACGUUUAAAGCAAGAAACAGAAAAUUACAUCCAAGCAUGACAGAUCUUUGUCUUUUUUUAAAUUCAGAAUUUAUAUUGGUGGACAUUUUUUCCCUGGUCCUUAACAGUUAAUAAAAUCCAGUAACAGAUGCUCUCAUUCCUAGUUUCAGAAAAAGCACACUGUAGAGAAAACAUUUGGUGGGAGUAAAGAAAAAUAGAGGUAGUCCUACUCCUCAAAUCUCAAAACAUCACGCGGAGAUGAAUGGCUGCAGGGACUACGCCUCACCACAAGGUGGCAGUAAGCAGUAUACCCAUCACUUCUACUGCUUGACUGAAAGACUUUGUUUACUUCCGGUGUAUCGCCCAGCGGCAGAUAUAUGUUCAAGUAGUUUUGCUUAAGCCAGAGCAAAGAUGGAGAGCAGUGAGGACAGCGGCGGUUCCGUCGGAGAGGAGAACUACUUCCUUGGAUACACAUUCACUGACCGCUCACACUCCAGCCGUGUGGUGAAGAGCAUCAUGGACUUGUGCCUGGAGGACGGCCUGUUUGCAGACGUGACCAUCACAGUUGAUGACAAAGAGUUUAACCUGCACAGGCUGGUGCUCUCUGCACAGAGCAGCUUCUUCCGCUCAAUGUUCACAUCCAACCUCAAAGAGUCCCACAACCGCAGUAUUGAGCUGAAGGAUGUCAGUGCCACCGUCUUCCAGCUGCUGAUCGAUUACAUAUAUCACGGUACUAUCAAACUGAGAGUGGAGGAGCUGCAGGACACGUACGAGAUGGCAGACAUGUACCAGCUGACCGCUUUGUUUGAGGAAUGCUCCCGCUUUCUUUCACGGACAGUAGAGGUCAAAAAUUGUUUACAGGUGAUGUGGCUUGCAGACAGACACAGCGACCAAGAGCUGUACACUGCAGCCAAACACUGUGCAAAAAUACACUUGGCUCAGCUGCAUCAGACUGAAGAAUUUCUCAACCUGCCUUUCUGUUUACUCCUGGACAUAAUCAAAGAUGGAGUUCCAAGCUCUCAGAACCCAACAGUGGCCAUCGAGUCGUGGAUAAACCACAACAAGGUCGAGAGGGAGGAGUUCUCUUGCAUCCUUCAAGAGAAUCUUAAGGAAAUCGGUGAGAAUGUCCACAUUUACCUGAUUGGUAAAGAGGAGACGAGGACUCACUCUCUUGCAGUUUCGCUUCACUGUGAUGAGAACGACACGAUCAGUGUGAGCGGUCAGAACAGUUUAUGCCAUCAGAUCACAGCAGCUUGUAAACACGGCAGCGACCUGUACGUGGUGGGAGGUUCAAUUCCUCGCCGCAUGUGGAAGUGCAACAUGCACACUAUGGACUGGGAGCGCUGUGCGCCGCUGCCCAGAGACCGCCUCCAUCACACCAUGGUCUCCGUCACGUCAGAGGAUGCCAUUUACUCUCUAGGAGGUAAGACGCUGCAGGAUUCUCUGUCGAACGCCGUCAUCUAUUACACCGUGAAGGACAACAUGUGGACAGAGACCAGCCAGCUGGACACUGCGGUCUCAGGAGCUGCCGGCGUGAACUUGGGCGGCACCAUUUACCUGCUUGGGGGGGAGGAGAACGACAUGGACUUCUUCACAAAGCCCUCUCGCCUCAUCCAGUGCUUCGACACGUCCUCCCAAAAGUGCCAGAUCAAACCGUACAUGCUGCCGUUUGCGGGCUGCAUGCACGCCGCCGUUCACAUGGAUGUCAUCUUUAUCGUGGCAGAAGGAGACUCCUUGGUGUGCUACAACCCUCUUUUGGAGAGUUUCACGCGGCUGCGCUUCCCUGAAGUGUGGAGCUGCAUUCCGUCGCUGUGGAAGGUGGCAAGCUGCAAUGGCUGCAUAUAUGUUUUCAGAGACAAGUGCAAGAAAGGUGACGCGAACACUCUAAAGUUCAACCCGGCCACUUCUGUGGUCUCGGUCAUAAGAGGUAUUAAAAUCCUCCUUACGAACUGGCAGUUUGUCUUGGCCUAAACGGGUGUUCACUCGGUGAUCCACAUGCAAACAAUUCCAAAGAACUGUUGUGACAUUUCUCAAUUGUUCUUUCCAGCUUGUUACCGACAUUUCACCGGCUUCCUGUUUCUAUGAUGUAAUCGUGGACCAUCUAUCAGAAGAUUUGUGACGACCGCUAAUGAAGUAACCUAUUGUUUCCUGUGAACUGACUGUGUGCAUGAUCUCCACUCCCUUAAGUGAAAGUUAUGCUUGUGCUGUUGUAGGCUGCAUUUCAAGUUUUAAGUGUGUGGAAUAAACAGAAUAUAAUAGGU